AAAUGGCAAUAGCAUUGAGAAAAUAUUUGCCAAAAAUUUUGUUAUAAGACGAUCGUUCAGAACAUUUGCAUGUCGUAGCGUGAACUUAAAGUAUGAUCGAUUCGAACAAUAAUUCAACGAUACAAACCUUCUAAGACUAGACCUUAAAUGUGUAUAAAUAUGUCAGUGUUUAACGUAUAUGAACAAUUAUAACUUAUAUCACAUAAUUAUACAUAAGUUAUAUAACGUAAACUUGAUAUUUGACCUCAUUUACACAAAGAUAAUUCAAAAUAUUCUGCAGAACUUGGACAUAAUUUUGUGUUUAUAGUCAUCGUGAUGAUAAUACCGGAAACGGAUCUCCGCCGGUACAUGCUCAGGGCUGAUGCACUGCGCAUGACCGGGGGUGAUUACCAGUUCGUGUUCCUGAAAACAACACUUCCGGAAAAGAGUGACAUUCAGCAUUUAGCGACUACUUCAAUAUGGCAGAAAGGGGACGGCCAGGACGAGGCAGCCCGACAAGCAUUUAGGAAUGUGUUAUACGUAAUCUUUGGAAACACACAUGAAGACAUCGGAGCCUGGCAUCAACUUGCAAAGGAAGCUUCGGCGAGAGUUUACCCUCCUGGUUCGAGCAACAUGCCUGAUCUAUUGGAGCCGGAUAAGUACUCUAUCUACCUACACGACGCCAUUUUGCUGUACGCCAAAGUACUCAAUACGACUUACAUACCGACGCCAAGUCGGCCACUCAGUGGCGCUGUCAUCGCCAAAACGACCAACAGCAUCUCAUUUCAUGGUUUGUCCGGACUGGUUUUAAUGUCCGUCCACGCUGACCGGUACCCAGGAGUGGCUAUUUAUGACCUUAUUGAAAACGACACGUUCUCGGAAGUCGCCCAUCUACAAUAUGACUUGCUCAACGGAAAGCCUCACUCGGAUUCACACGUAGGGACUAUCCGGUGGGGAGAUGGACGGACGAACCAGGAAUACGUACCACCGGAUGUUCCGGUAUGUGGCUUCCACGGAGAGCUGUGUAUCCAAGAGACAGAAUCGCAAGUCGCGCUGUAUGUAGGCCUCUCUGUCGGGAUGGUAGGACUACUUUUCGUUCUCCUUCUGAUUUUCAGGUUCUGGCGACGUGAAAGAGAGCUCAACAAUAUGGGAUGGAAAAUACCAUUCCAUGCUCUGGAUUUCGAGGCUGGGAAACGGAAUCGGUCAAUAAUGAACGCCUCUAAUCACUUGUCCAAGAGUACGAAGAGUCUGGGUACAGAUAGACAGACAGAAUAUACGUACGGACAAACAACCCUGACCGAUUCUUUCUGUGAGGCGAUACAGAAACAGGAGCAUAGCUCUGUGGCGAUAGCGAGGUUCAAAAGGUCCAUAGUGGCGGUAAAACACAUCCGGAAGAAGAAGGUUGCCACCACAGACAGGGCAUUCCUCAAAGAAAUGAAAAUGAUGAUGGACCUGAAACAUAACAACCUGACAACUUUGCGGGGGGUCUGUACUGAUCCUGGUCACAUCUGUGUUUUGUGGGAGUACUGCGCCAAGGGAAGCCUCAAGGAUAUUCUCGCCAAUGACGACAUCAAGUUAGACACGAUGUUCAAGCUGUCACUGGCUGUAGACAUAUGCAAGGGACUCGAGUACAUUCACCGGUCAGAACUCAGGUUUCAUGGCGGACUUCAGAGUUCCACGUGCGUAGUGGACAGUAGAUGGACUUGUAAACUGACCGACUUUGGACCCCGCUAUUUAAUGAAUGGUGUUGAACCGGACACAACCGAACAAGAAGAACACCGUUACAGAGCAUUAUUUUGGACGGCUCCCGAAUUUCUAAAGAGAGCCCUGAACAAACGAAUGAGGGUGGGGUCACCUGCCGGAGACAUCUACAGCUUCGGAGUCGUUGCCAUGGAGAUUGUGACACGAGAGCCGCCGUACCAGUCUCUGGACUUUACAGCAGAAGAGAUUAUCCGGAACGUCCUUAUACCGAAGGAUGGCUUUUAUUGUCGUCCAGAAUUUACGUCACUAACUGACAGCUUUCCGGCAGCUGAACAGACUGGAGGGAUUCAAAAAUUGGUUGAACGGUGCUGGAACGAGGAUCCCUCACUGAGACCGACCGCGAAAACUGUCCUCAAAGUUCUCAACAAGAUCAACCCUUACAAGAAAGCAAAUGUUAUCGAGAAUAUGAUGACGAUGAUGGAGAAAUACUCGAACCAGCUAGAGGAUCUUGUGGACGAGAGGACGGCUCAACUGGAGGAGGAAAAACGGAAGACGGAAUCCCUCCUUUACCGAAUGUUACCAAGGAAGAUAGCAGAACAGCUGAGGAUUGGAAUGUCGGUACAGGCCGAGGCCUUUGAGAUGGUUACAAUCUAUUUCUCGGAUAUCGUUGGGUUUACGUCCAUCGCGGCUGCCAGUACUCCGCUACAGAUUGUGGAUCUGCUCAACUCCCUCUACACAGUGUUUGAUGACACGAUUAAACACUUUGAUGUCUACAAGGUGGAAACAAUAGGCGAUGCCUACAUGAUUGUCAGUGGACUUCCGGAGAGGAAUGGCAACAAUCACGUGACUGAGAUGGCAUCAGUGUCAAUUGCACUCUUGAAUGAAGUACGACAGUUCCAGAUUCCUCACAAACCUUCAAUCCACCUGGAAAUCCGUAUCGGUCUACACACUGGACCAGUCGUGGCUGGAGUUGUGGGCCUUACCAUGCCUCGGUACUGUUUGUUCGGAGACACUGUCAAUACCGCAUCAAGGAUGGAGUCAAACGGACAAGCAUUGAAGAUACACAUGAGCGAUGCAACAAAUAAUUUACUGAAAGAAAGUGGCAAAUUCAAGAUACUAGAACGAGGAGAAAUGGAGAUUAAGGGUAAAGGUCGGAUGGUGACCUACUGGUUAGACGGAUUCGAGUGUGAAGAAGACUUCCGCCUAUUGACGAGAAAGGCGACAUCUAUCGAUAUCGAUCUUCAGUCAGCGUCGACCCUUGACCUCGGCCACGCCCACCUCAGUCAAGAAGCUGCAGAAGAAAAAGAAAACAAUUCGAAACCUUUCAAAACACCGCAGUUGCCGUCGGCUUUAGAUAUCCAAAAUCAAAACACGACUGCGUCCGAUAUAUUUGACCCCGCGGACGAUUUUGACCCGGAAGAACAUUCGAGCUGACUUUAAAGAGAAAUGAACGGUGC